AUGCCCGCACCCGUAGAGUCGCCCUUUUGCGAGCGCUGCGAGAAGAACCAGUUGAUAGUGAACCGAUCCCUAGCUGAAUACCUGCCCGAGGAGGAAGAUCCGCAUUACUCAAAAUACGAGAAGGCACUCCCGCAAUAUCAAGCUCAGCUUGAGGAGCGAUACCCACCCGUCUGCGAGAAUUGUAUCGAGAGGGUCCAGGUACGCAUUCGGCAAGCUGGCUACGCGACCAAGGCAGAAGAGCUCCGGCGCAAACUGGAUCAAUCCAAAAGGUAUCAGAAAGAGACGCCAACUGUACGGCAGACCUGGACGCUUGCGAUCAUAUGGCUGGGGAAGUGGGUAUACAUUACCAGCGUCAUCGCCGCCGUCGUCUGGCACGGUUUCGGCGCGAUCGCGUACUUUGACUUCUCGGAGCGGAACUUUGACUGGGCACUUUGCCUUUCGGAAGCGGCAUAUAUGAGGGAGGCUCACCAGAGCUGCGCUGUAUCAUCGCCGAUUCGGCGAAUGGUGUUUUACGCUCUUGUUGCGGACCUACUCACCAUCUGGUGGAACCCCAAGCUGGGACAAAAGAUGAAGCAUGCCAACGGGCGUAUGCGCGGACUCUUCACUACGUGGAUGAUCCGUUUGAUUGUUCUUACACUGGACUCAGUCACCUAUCUACUUCUCAAGGAGGCCUCCGUCGAACAGGGCGGCUUCAUUUUAAACGAGCGCGUCGACUUCUUCCAUUACACACAUCUCAUACUGUUAGCGGUCAAUAUCCUUGCCACUGCCAUCGGCUGGAAAACAGUCAGUAUCAAAUACGUCUCCACAAAAGAACUCCUCCGCCCGCUCGACGCGCACCUCCCCACCGCACCUCGCAGCAAUCAGACCACACCCCGUAAACAACACACGACCCCCCUCCCCAACAACACCAGCUUUGACUCCAUGGCCGCCGGCUUCGCCUCCAGCUUCCCAUCCGAGCUCAACGCAUACCCGUCUUCGCCCACCCUAACCGCCACCUCUUACGCAGCGACCGAAGACAGCGACUUCACCCCUUGGUCCAAUCGCAAAGCAUCUAUUGCUUCCUUAAACAGCCAAGCCGACGCCAUGGAUUGGACACCCACACAUUCGCGCUUCUCCUCCCACGCUCCGUCCCUCAUUCCCUUCAAUCCCCCGCCAGAACAGCCAUCCCCAACCAAGACCCAACCCGUCAACAUCCUCAAGCACGGCGCAGACGCGAACCCCUUCAGCCGUCGGAUCCCCGGCGCGCCCGGCUCAUGGCAUAAACCCGCCUUACCACCGCAUCCUGAAGAACGCAAGCGGAAUUUCUUCGAGGAGGAUAGGGAGAAGAACAGGGAGGCGGGUAUGGGAUUGAGGGACAGGGGCGUGCCGAGGAGGGUAGAGAGGGAGGCGGAAUUGUUUAAGGCGCCGCAGUUCAAGUAUGAUGCUCAGGGGUAUACGAGGGCGAGGGAGACGGGGUUGGAAGAGGGUUUUAAUGAUUUGUUUUCGAAGUGA